GAUCUUUGUUUUCUAUCCUUCUCUCCGAAUCGUUUAGCCUCCUUUGCUUACUUUACCCUAAUUUUAACAAUGCCUCGCCGUAGCUCCGGUGGAAGAUCUGCACGUCCUGCUCCUCGUGCAGCACCAGCUCGUCCUGCUCCACAGCCAGUCAACCAUGCUCCUCCUCCAGCCCCUAUUCAGAGUGGUGGUGGAUCUAUGCUCAGUGGCAUUGGUUCAACCAUAGCUCAAGGUAUGGCUUUCGGCACUGGAAGUGCAGUGGCACACAGGGCUGUGGAUGCAGUAAUGGGUCCUCGUACCAUUCAACAUGAAACAGUUGUAUCUGAGGCUGCUGCUGCUGCUGCUGCCCCUACUGCAAAUACCUUUGGUGGUGAUGCAUGUGGUGUUCAUUCAAAGGCUUUCCAGGAUUGUUUGAACAGCUACGGGAAUGACAUUAGCAAGUGCCAAUUUUACAUGGAUAUGCUAGCAGAGUGCAGAAAGAAUUCCGGAGCCUCGUUGAGUGCUUAACUGUCCUUUGCCUGUUUUGGAGUUUGCAAUAGUGCUGUCUCUUAUGGCAAGACCUUUUUAUGUGGCUAAGAAUUGCAUUUUAAUAAAAUACCAUUUGUCCUAAGAUGCAGACAAACUGAUACAAAAUCAGUAUCAACUAUUGAUUCAUUACUAGAUACUUAUAAUUGGUUAUUUGGUUCCCGUCAUAUUUCAUCAAUUUUUUUGUCAUUCUACGCUGGCAACCCUUGCUGAAUAUUAGGAGUGUCACCAUUUUGUUUAAGACGUAAAUAGGAAUUAAUUAUUUGUUAGGAG